UGCCCUCCUGCUGGUGUGACCUCAGCUCUGCGACCCCCUGCUGGCCAGGGAGUGCUGACAGAGAGAAGGGCCUGAGGGGAGCAGUGGGAGCGCACGGCCAGGGCCGGGCUUCUGCUGGGGGCAGAGUUGGGAAACAGCCUGGCGUGGGGCGGUGCUGAGCUGUGGCAAGAACACAGCUGAGUGGUUCAGGAUCUCAGUGGAGGUUCACGUUGCUCCUGCCCUGGAAAAGGCGGAAAAGUUGUGGAUUUUCUCUGUCACUUCCUGCUGGUACCCUCCUGACAGUGGAGUUGGGAGAUUGUUCUGGGGAAGGUCAAAGGCCAUCUGGCUGCCCUGGUUUGGAGAGCCUUUGGAAUGUCUGGGAGGUGUUUGUAGGUGAAAGAUAAAAGAAGGCAGUCUGUAGUACCUGAAGGAGUACUUGGCCUGCGGCAGCUGCCUGGUGAACUUCUCCUCGGUCCUCCACUUGGGCUGAUGGACUUUGGAGCAGUUGCCUUUGAAGGAACCCCCUGACUCCUAUCCUGCCCGCCUCUAAAGUAGGUGUGGUGUGUCAGCUUCCACUUCUUGGCUGUGGCGUGACAGGAUGACGCCAGCCUCCUCCGCACCUGGACCCAGCCUCCCCGAACUGAGAUGUUUUCUGGGAGCCUCCAGAGUGCUGGCCCACAAAGAGGGCUCACCAACAAGUGGCCCUUCCCCCGCUCCCACCUUCUCAGCCCACUGGUUGGGGAGGGAGGGCCGGUAGGGAAUGUUGCUGAGUGCUGGGGAUUCCCCAGGACCAGAGAAGCAGAGAUUCUCCAUCUUCAGAAGGUUCCAGAAUCUCGCCGGAGUGCUCCCGCCAGGCAGCGAUGCCAGGAUGCCCGUCUCUGCCUCCCUCCGCCAGGACGGCAGCCAGGAGCGGCCGGUGAGCCUGACCUCCACCGCGUCCUCGUCGGGCUCCUCCCGUGACAGCCGAGGUGCCAUGGAGGAGCCCAGUGGCCCCGAGGCCUUAGCUGAAAACGGGGCAGCAGGCUCCUCGCGCGGUCGGCAUCCCCCCAACAACAACAACUCCAGCAGCUGGCUGAACAAGAAGGGACCCUUAUCCCCGUUCAACAGCCGGGCGGCAUCGGCGCCUGCGCACAAGCUCAGUUACCUGGGCCGCGUGGUGCGGGAAAUCGUGGAAACCGAGCGCAUGUACGUGCAGGAUCUGCGCAGCAUCGUGGAGGAUUACCUUUUGAAGAUCAUUGACACACCUGGGCUGCUGAAGCCAGAACAAGUCAGCGCUCUCUUUGGGAACAUAGAAAACAUCUACGCACUGAACAGCCAGCUACUCAGAGACCUGGAUAGCUGCAAUAGUGACCCUGUGGCUGUGGCCAGCUGCUUUGUGGAAAGGAGCCAAGAGUUUGAUAUCUACACCCAGUAUUGCAACAACUACCCCAACUCUGUGGCUGCUCUGACGGAGUGCAUGCGGGACCAGCAGCAGGCCAAGUUCUUACGGGACCGGCAGGAGCUGCUACAGCACUCGCUGCCCUUGGGCUCCUACCUGCUGAAGCCAGUCCAGCGCAUCCUGAAGUACCACCUGCUGCUCCAGGAAAUUGCCAAGCAUUUUGAUGAGGAAGAGGACGGCUUCGAGGUGGUGGAGGAUGCCAUCGACACCAUGACCUGCGUGGCCUGGUACAUCAACGACAUGAAGAGGAGGCACGAGCACGCAGUCCGACUCCAGGAGAUUCAGUCGCUGCUCAUCAACUGGAAAGGGCCAGACCUGACCAUCUAUGGGGAGCUGGUCCUGGAGGGCACGUUCCGUGUGCACCGUGUGCGCAGUGAGAAGACGUUCUUCCUCUUUGACAAAGCACUGCUCAUCACCAAGAAGCGGGGCGACCACUUUGUCUACAAGGGUCACAUCCCGUGCUCCUCCCUGAUGCUGAUCGAAAGCACCCGAGACUCCCUGUGCUUCACCGUCACCCACUACAAGCACAGCAAACAGCAGUACAGCAUCCAGGCCAAAACAGUAGAGGAGAAACGAAACUGGACUCACCAUAUCAAGAGGCUCAUCCUGGAGAACCACCACACCACCAUCCCCCAGAAGGCCAAGGAAGCCAUCUUGGAAAUGGAUUCCUAUUAUCCCAAUCGGUACCGCUACAGCCCAGAGCGCCUGAAGAAGGCGUGGCCCUCCCAGGACGAGGUGUCCACCCACAUACACCAGGGGCGCCGGCAAUCUGAGCCGGGUCAGCUCCCGUACAGCCGGGCAACACUCCCCCGCAGGCAGCGAGGCUUCCUGGUGCCAGGCCUUAAGGGCCGUAGAAAGUCCGAGCCAACCAGACACCUGCUCAGGCAACUCAGUGAGAAAGCAGCCAGAGCAGCAGGAAUGAAGCAUGCGGGCAGUGCUGGCACUCUCUUGGACUUGGGGCAACGCCCCCGUACUCGGGGCCUGCAACUGGAGGCUGAAGGGGCUGCCCGGGAGCAGGAGGAGGAGGAGGAGGAAGAGCAGGCCUUUCAGGUCUCUCUGGAGGACCUGGCGGGGCAUGAAGGCAGCGAGAAGGGGUCUGGGCUGGAGCCCCCAGGCUCAGAGGAAGAGGAGGAGGAGAGCCUGGCAGUGGCGGAGCAGGUAGCCGACUUUGCCAGCUCCCUGCUGGCCGCCCUCCACUGCUGGCACUAUCGGGCCAACGCUUUACUUUUCUCCCGGGGCGCUAUGGGGAAGGGGCGCAGGGAGUCUGAAGGCCCCACGAGCUGCAGGAGGCCCAGCGGCCGGUCUCCAACCAGUGCCGAGAAGCGCAUGAGCUUUGAGUCCGUUUCUUCCCUGCCAGAGGUUGAUCCAGACCCUGAGCCUGGGACAGAGCCUGAGGUGUUUGCUGACGUGGAAGGUCCCAGCACUGAGGAGCUGCCCUCAGACACAGAGUCUCCAGAAGUCCUGGAAUCUCAGCUUGCCACCCACCAAGAGCUGCUGGGGCUGGACCACCCGAGUGACGUGCUGGACUUCGCGGUGGCUGAGAGCACCGAGGACAUUAAAGCCCUGAGCAGUGAGGAGGAGGAGGAGGAGGAGGAGGAAAUGGCGGCUGCCCAGGAGCCCGAGAGCCUCCUGCCGCCCUCUGUGCUGGACCAGGCCAGCGUCAUUGCUGAGCGGUUUGUCAGCAGCUUCUCUCGGCGGAGCAGCCUGGCACUGGAGGACGGCAAGUCCCCUGGCUUCGGGACCCCCAGGCUGCCCAGCCGGAGCAGCAGUGUGCUCAGCCUGGAGGGCAGUGAGAAGGGCCCGGCCCAGUGUGGCAGCACCACAGACUCCUUCAGCUCUCAGCUUGUCCCAGAAGAGGACCUCUGUGUGGGGAUGGCCACAGAGAGUGGCCCUUCUGUCAAUGGGACGGAGCCCCCAGGCCCAGGCUGCCCAGCGGAGCCCGACAGGUCUUCCUGCAAGAAGAAGGAAUCGAUGCUUUCUACGCAAGACCGGCUGUUGUUGGACAAAAUCAAGAGCUACUACGAAAAUGCAGAGCACCACGACGCUGGCUUCAGCAUCCGGCGCCGGGAGAGCCUCUCCUACAUCCCCAAAGGCCUGGUGAGAAACUCGGUCUCCAGGUUCAACAGCCUUCCCAGGCCAGACCCGGAGCCAGUGGUUCCACUAGGGCGCACGAGACAGGUGGGCUCCCGGCCAGCGUCAUGGGCCUUGUUUGACCUCCCAGGACCAGGUCAUGUGGGUACUGGGGACCCAGCUCCUGUCACAGAUUCUGAGUUCCGCCCAUCUUCGGAAAUUGUGAAGAUCUGGGAGGGGAUGGAGGCUUCCAGGGGGAGCCCUCGGAAGGGGCAAGGCCAAGGUCAGGCCAAUGGCUUUGAUCUGCAUGAGCCACUGUUCAUCCUGGAGGGGCACGAGCUGGGGGCCAUCACCGAGGAGUCGGCCACUGCCUCGCCAGAGAGCGCCUCCCCCACUGAGAGGCCCAGUGCAGCCCACCUGGCCCGGGAGCUGAAGGAGCUGGUGAAGGAGCUGAGCAGCGGCUCCCAGGGAGAGUUGCUGACUCCGCUGCACCCCCGUAUUGUGCAGCUCUCCCACAUGAUGGACAGCCAUGUGAGCGAGCGAGUCAAGAACAAGGUCUACCAGCUGGCCCGCCAGUAUAGCCUCCGGAUCAAGAGCAAGGCGGUGGCAGCCAGGCCACCACUGCAGUGGGAAAAGGCAGCUCCCACCGUUCCCCGCCUGCAGGCGGAGGAUGGUGCACAGCCGGGUGACAAAGGUAGGAGAAAGCCAGUGCUGUCCCUCUUCAACCAUGAGCAGAUGCUGGACCAGGAGCACAGCCCGCCUAAGCCCUGCUCUGCCGGGGAGACGUCACCACGGCGUUUCUCCUUCAGCCCCUCUGCUGCCAACUCAAGGACCAGCUCGCCUGGGGCCCGGACCUCUGCUCGAAGCCCGCUCAGCCCCUUCGACACUGAGACCUUUAACUGGCCUGAUGUCCGAGAGCUCUGCUCCAAAUACGCCUCCCAUGACGAGGCGGCGCAGGCUGAGGGCAGCCGGCCCCGAGGUCUGCCUGUCAACAGGAGCCGCUCGGUGCCAGAAAACAUGGUGGAGCCCUCUCUGUCGGGCAGGGCGGGCCGCUGCUGCAGCCUGAAUGCCAAGCGGGGCCAGGCGAGCCCAGAGGCCACCCAGGCCCAGCCUCCUGGGGUGUUGCCCCAAAGUGGGCCAGACGCAGAGGAGGCCCUGUACGUCACUGCGGACCUCACCCUGGAGAACAACCAGCGGGUGAUCGUCAUGGAGAAGGGGCCCCUGCCUCCCCCCGCUGUGGGGCUGGAAGAGGGCAGCGGGCAGGGACUGAGCUCACUGGCAGCCAUGGUAGGGCAGGGCCAGGAUUUGCAGAUGCCUGCAGAGUAUCGUCCAAACGAAGAGGGUCCCCGGGAGCCAGUGGACCCAAGCCAGCAAGGCAGAGUGAGAAACCUGAGGGAGAAAUUCCAGGCCUUGAACUCCAUAGGUUGAGCCUGAGUCCUGGGGGAAGGGGCGGAACCUUGGCAGACUUGCCCACAAGACUGGGCUCACCCUGCUCACAGCAGUCCCACCCAGGGCCCUCAGAAAGGCCGUGCCCUGGAAAGAUGCUCCGCUGUACUCAGCAAGUGCCAUCUGUGAACGUGCUGGCACUCCUGCAGGCUCACGGCGACUUCCACAGGCCCAGACUCUGAGGCCAGUGUGGCCACUUCCCUUCCAUGUACCUAGUUCUUUGGUAAGAAGCCAAUAUUUAAGCUCACCUCUUCCCAGGGAGAGCAAGCCCUGCUCAGGCCUCCGGCGCUGGCUGGCCACUGCCAGGCUGAGGAGCCCAGCCAGAGGAGACGGGAUGCUGGCCUGGGGAGGUUUCGCUCUUUAACUGCCUUUUCUUAGGAUCCAGGGGGGAACGAGGUCCAUAAUUUAUUGCUUUCCAUUCUGUUGUGUUUGUGUGCACGCGCGUGUGUGCGUCUGUUGUUGAUUCCCUUCCUGUAAAGAAUGUAACGGACUCAGUUCAGGUACUUUUGUGGGUUGUCUUGCUGCCCCUGUGGUUGUCGCUAAUGUAUACACAUUUCAUUAUUUGCCAAUGGUGCAAUAACCACUGCUGACCAA